UCCUUUAUUCUAUGUAGACGCGUGGUAGACGUUGGACGACAAACUGCGCAACGCUGUCCUCGUGGUUGUGCUUACGGUCCCUGCACGUACGAUAAUCUCAUGGCUGAUUUCAACGACGAGGCCACUCCUGCGAGCAGUGACAUGACGCCAGGCCGUGCCGCGCCGUACGACGGAAUCCCGAUACAAGUGCGCAGUUACAACACACACGGCACGUUCGUUGACGUUCCGGUGGACCUUCGUGGUACGCCGCAGCCGAUUCUUCGCGUCCCCUGGGGACUGGCGGUGACCAGCAUGCCGAAUGGAGGGAUAAACGCAACGCCCCAGAGACUGUUUGUCGUGCAGACCAGCCCUUAUUACGGCAUCAUGCUAGCUGCCUACGAAGCGCUCCAACUUGUCGCUCCGUCCGCCUAUGGAGAGAUGGAACUGGGCGAGCAUGUUCCGAUUCAGGUAAUACCACGCCAGAUAAUCAGUGCCGUGCCUGUGAUUCUCGCUGCGGGGCAGGGUCAACCCCAGACUCUCACGCUUACCCCAGUUGGCCAGUUUCCGAUGCUUGUCCGGGUAUUACCGGCUAUGCCGGUUCAACACAUUGGUGUGUCCAAUGCCGCCGCCUUACACGUAUUCCCGAUACCAGUUUCAUCUGACGCCGAAGCAGUGCCGCAAACGCCGGAGAUGGCGCUGAUGGGGAUGCCAGCUGCUCAGGCAAUGAAGAAGCCGUCAGAGUGGACGGUGAACGAGGUCGCGGAGUUUAUUAUGCAAAUUUCGGGAUGCGCUGGCUUUGACCAAGUGUUCCGCGCUCACCGGAUUGAUGGCAACGCAUUGCUGCUCUUGUGCGAACAUCACCUUAUCACGGUCAUGAACAUCCCCCUUGGCGCUGCCCUCAAGAUCCGCUCGGCAAUAAAGUGGCUGCGACGUAAGGAGAAGGAAGGACCAGUGGGUCCCGAGUGAACGUUUACCUACUCGCCUCCUAUUAUGCUGAGUAUAUGGAGCAUUGCUUCUUUCGCCGACAGCAAGUCCGGCUGUUAAUUCACAUUUCACGGCCAAAUCGCGCAUAGACGCUAGUCGCGAUCGGCGCUCAGCUGCAGCGCCUGUAAUGUGGCCGCAUUAUUUACUCUGUUCAGCGUUGCAGUGUGUUACAAGGCAUUGGUUACUCUAAUGGUGGCCGAAGGCGGCGCCAUGCUUUUAUUUUGCGAAAUAAAUUAUUUUAUUGGUCGUGUUCCCUCGCCGUCUCCUUUUGUAACAUUCGUUAAUGGACACUGGUAUUACGGUACCCGAUGGCCACUCGGGUCCCUCAGGUGCUGUCUGUGGUAUUCCCGUUCGACCACUUUGGAAGACUCCUGCAUGGCGUAUAAGCUCCAGGAACGCCGCCUCACUG